CGAUGAGUAUGGCCGACCUGAACGCGGCACAGCAAGCCAAGCUGCAGCUAAUGCAGGAGAUGGAAAUCGAAAUGAUGUCGGAUUUGUACAGUCGCAUGACACAGGCAUGCCACAAAAAGUGCAUCCCACCAAAGUAUGGCGACUCGGAACUGGGAAAAGGAGAGUCCGUGUGCAUCGACCGAUGUGUGGCAAAGUAUCUGGAAGUUCACGAGCGUAUAGGUAAAAAACUAACAGCCAUGUCCGCGCAAGACGAAGACCUGAAAAAGAAGAUGGGCGUGUAGAGGAUAAAGCACGUGUUGCCGACACUAUUAGCGUUAUGUUUGAACCGUCACCGAGCAUCCUCUUAUGUUGAUUUUGUACAUCAUUUUAAACGUUUUCUCAUCCAUUGGUUCGUUUCAUGCAGCUUAAAUUGAAUUGACUAAGCGUGUUAGUUUUCAGUCAGGCGGUCCAUAUAUUCAACUUGCUCGUCCGUUUACACAAAUCAGCGUAAAUUAAAUUACAUAUGCUCGAAACCGAUCGACGGAAUGGAUGAAUAAAGGAUCGCCUCGAUUAUCACCCGUUAGGAA